CGACCCUUUCCCCUCCCCCCCUCAAAUUUAUUUCUUCCGCCACUCCCACUCUCCCUGCCACAUCCAGAACUAAAGUGAGAGAAUGUUGGAGGCGAAGUGUCUGAAGAAAGCAGUGGUUCCUUCCACUCUUAUUGAGAAUCCUUCUCCUGGAAGCAUUCAAUCCACUCGCCUUGCACUCCAUGUUAGCCAGGAAGACGCAAAUGCAUGUUUUGUCUACAUAGCCUCCGGUCCUCAUGUUUAUAAGCUUCAGAUUACUCUGGGAGAAUCUUCUGUCAUCAAAGGAAAAGAAGGCCUCUUGAUACCUGAACACGCUGAGGUUAUUGCCUCUUCGUUAGUCAAUCGCUGUCCUCAUCGUUCAGAAAUUCAAAGUAUUGUCCUUGCUGAAGCGGAGAGUCAUGGCUACUUAAUGUUGGGAAGUGUGGAUUCAUAUGGUCAUCUUAUUGUAUCUAAACUAGAUGCGUCUGGUGAAGAUGUUGACAGGCUUACAUAUUCAGUAUUGCCUCCUGAUAAUGGUAUUGGGGAAGGAAGUUGGGCAGGACUCUGCUUUAGUCCAAAUCAAUUGUCUAUGGCAGCUGUUGCUCGUAGCUUUUGCAAAGCUGUUGACAUAUAUGACCAGGACAUCCACAUUCGCACAUUUCGACCACUCUGGUACCCUGCUUCAUUAAACUUCAUGCAAAAUGUAGUUAAUGGAAAUCAAAGUUCUAUAUUAGCUAUUACUGAAGGAAGCCAGCUGACUAUGUGGGACUUGAGAAUGAAAGAAAAUGGUGGUUGUCUUCAUCGGAUUGCUGGCAUUCCUGGUGAUGCCUUAUAUGCUGUUUGCAGUUCUUCCAAUGGUAACAUUGCUGUGGGUGGAGCUGAUCGUACGGUUACUAUUUAUGAUCCUCGCAGAUGGGCAUCAUUGUCUAGAUUGGUGCACUGUGCAAAAUAUGAGAUAACAGGGCUGUGUUUCUCAGCAGUUGACCCAGACUAUAUCUAUAUUCAAGGGCUGGAUUAUGAGGUCUUUUGUGGACAAUGGAGAGAAAACAGCAAAUUAUUUUCAUUUAGAGGAGACUCAAACUGGCUUGGGUUUAGUAAGAGCUCCAACAAAGAUAUAUUGGGUGGAUGGACUGAUUCGGGUAGCAUAUUUGUAGCUAAUGUUGAGAACGAAUUUGAUAAAUUGGAUUUAAUCCAGUAAUCUUCCUAUUUUGUUGCUUCAAUGUAUUUAAACCAUGGUUGAGUAUUGUGUAUGAAAAGAAAAAGAUGUGAAUUUAUUGUGUGAAUAGUUUUCAUACGCAAAUCAUGUUAUAAUUCAUUUCUAGUCUCAGAAUGAGUUCAGAUUACGGAAUGCAUUAUUUUUCUAGGCUGUUUCAAUUUUAUCAUUUUCAUUUUAAGUUACCAUUCUGACAUUUUAGUUAUUGAAGUAUCAAGGCUAAUUUUAUGGUUCACUGGCCAUUAUUGAGGUAUAGCAUUGAGCAUGAUCAAUGAUCAUUCAAGAAGCAGAUUUGCUGCCCAAGAUUCAAGGCUUUUAUUUUGGCUUUACCUUGUUACAUUUUCAGCAUCAUGUCUUUAUCAUGAUA